CGCCAUUUAAAUUCUCAUAAGUCGUUGUAAUUAAUUGGAAUUAUAAUCCAUUUGUUUCUGUAUAAUUAAUCAUAUCCAUUACUACUUCUCGUAAAUAAUUGUACAUAUUGUACAUACGAUAUAUACAAGUAUAUAUACGAUGGCGAACGGCGGCAAUGGCGAACGCCGUUGAUGAAUUUAUAUAUGUUGAUCAAGCGUCAAUUUGACAGGAGCGAUUGUCUAGUCGCAACAGAGAAACGAUUAAAAAGGAGAAAUAUGCGUUACAUCCGUGACGAGCGUAAACGAACGACGAUUCACACGACUUUGAAAAAACGAGAAAGAACGAACAGGAAGAACGGUGGCAGAAGAACAACAUAUGGCGACAUUUACAUGUGGUAGAUGAAGAAAACAUCUGCGAGGCGAAUGUAUCGUGAAUGAAAGAGUCUCAUCGACAGCGUUUUUUAUACGCAACUGAAAGUAUAAGGCAGAUUAUGUAUGGGCAAGUGCAAGCUUGCAGGAUCAAUUUUGUUUUAUAUCUGAAUAUUGCUAUUGUCAUCAUCGUGUUAAGAAUAUGUCUGCCAACAUGUUGACAGAGCAGAACGUAAUAAUGGAAUUUACUGAUUCCAAUGAUACAGCGCCGAUUGGUUUUAUCACUACGGAUGAUGGUCAUACGCUUUUCGCAGUGGGUGAACAUGAGGAUGGCACAUUGGAAAUUAUGGCAUCCCCUAUUACAUUGAUGCCACAAAAUAACAUAGUGUCUUCAGCACUGAUAAAGACUGUGGAUGGAAACUUUGUUUUGCAUCCUUCUAUUUUUCAAUUAAAUGUAGAAGAUCCACCAGGAACUGUGAUGCAACAAGUAAACUUACUUCCAAUACAACAGAAUGUAUCUGCGAUUACAGAACAACUGAAAGUAGUACAGAAUAUAAAUGAAUGUGCAACUACAGAACCCUUGUUAUCUAUCGGAGAAGAUAAUGCAUUAUUAAAUAAAGAAGAAAAUUGUAAGAAGAAGACAGAAGAACAGGCAACAAUUGACAAUCAUGUUAAAAAUAAAUCUACAUCUGUAUCUACAUCUGUACAUAAAAAGUCUCCAGGAAGACCGAAAAAGACUGAGAAUACACAAUCUUUGAAGUGUGACAUAUGUGGACAAGAAUUUACAAAACAGAUGUUAUACCGCAGACAUAUGGAAAACCAUGCUGAAGAAAAACCACACAGAUGUCCAAAAUGUCCAGCAUCUUUUAAUAUUCCAACAAAUUUCACGCUUCAUAUGGCAACGCAUAAUAUCGGCGAUCCGAAAUGCCCCGAAUGUGGUAGGAAAUACGCCAGAAUGGCGAGUCUCAAAUCUCAUAUGCUGCUGCACGAAAAGGAGGAGAAUCUCUUCUGCACGGAGUGCGAGGAUGCCUUUUCAACAAAAGCUCAAUUAGACGCGCAUUUGAAGCUUCACGGAGAAAAGUGGGCGAAUGAGGAUGUUGGUGUACGAAAGUGUAAAUUAUGCAACAAGCAAUUCACGCAACCUGCGCUCUACCGAAUGCACAUUCGCGAACAUUAUAGGCUACAGACGAAGAUAGUAAAGCAAACUAAGAGGGGAACGAAACAUAAAACAAUGUACAAAUGUACCAUAUGUUUGAAGAAUUUCCAAAAGCCGAGUCAGUUGAUGCGGCAUAUCAGAGUGCACACCGGAGAGAAACCGUUUAAGUGUACCGUUUGCAACAGGGCAUUUACACAAAAAAGUUCACUACAAAUUCAUGCAUGGCAACACAACGGUAUUCGGCCACACAGCUGCAAUCUCUGCAGCGCCAAGUUUAGUCAAAAAGGAAAUCUAAAAGCGCAUAUACUCAGAGUACAUAAUGCACCGGAAGGCGAGCCGACGUACGCCUGUUCUUAUUGCUCUUGUAUCUUCAAGAAGCUGGGCAGCUUAAAUGGCCACAUAAAGCGAGUGCAUUCUAAUCCGGAGGAGGAAUCCGCCGAUAAAUCCUCGGCAGCUAAUUCUAGUAUCUCUUCGGAAGCUGACAUGCGCGCGACGGUUGAUAGCGUUAUAUCGCAGUUGGCGUCUUUGGAAGCCGUCGUAAAUAAUACCGCAGGUUCCACGGGGUCCGCGACGUUGAAUGCAGAGCAGAACGAUAUCCUGCAACAGGCGUUGAAAAAUAGUGGUUUGCCGAACAAAAACGAAGUCCCUUUGAAAGAGAUCGCAGAACCGAAAAAGACGGAUUUGCCAACAACAUAUGUCACAUUGUUGGACAAGACUGCUGGCAGUUCUUCGAAGAAGUAUCAUGCUAUAAAGCAACGUUGCAUAGGAAAUGUACGGUGGUACGUAUGUUCGUUCUGCCCGAAAGAAUUCAAAAAGCCGUCGGACUUGAUACGUCACUUACGGGUGCAUACGCAAGAAAAGCCCUUUAAGUGUAUGUAUUGUGUGCGUUCUUUCGCGCUAAAAUCGACAAUGAUAGCGCACGAGCGAACUCACACCGGAAUAAAGAAAUAUGCUUGCGCUUCCUGCAAUAAAACUUUUGCGUGCCAUAGUAGUCUUACCUCUCAUACAAGAUUACAUAUGAAACCGCACAAAUGCAAUAUAUGCGGCAAGUUAUUCAACUCGAGCAUCAUCCUGAAAAAUCAUAUGAAGUGUCACAUGCGGGAAAAGCCCAAAAUAUCGCCGGAGGCGGAGAGCCUGGUGCCGCAAGUAGUACUGCAGGAGCCACUUGUCAUCAGCGACGCCGGUAACAAGAUCAGUGUUGCCCAAGUGCAAUCGAAACAAAAGCAAUUGUACGAGAACGCUGGCGUGACCAGGCCGCAUGAAUGUUUGGUCUGUCAUGCGGCAUUCAGGAAAGUCAGCCAUUUGAAACAACAUUAUCGCAGACAUACCGGCGAACGUCCUUACAAGUGCUCCAAAUGCGACAGGAGGUUUACAUCAAAUAGUGUCCUGAAAUCUCACUUGCACACGCAUGACGACGCAAGGCCGUACAGUUGUUCGGUAUGCAACACAAAAUUCUCCACGCAAAGUAGCAUGAAGAGGCAUUUAGUCACGCAUAGCAAUAAAAGGCCAUUUAUGUGUCCAUAUUGUCAUAAGACGUUUAAGACGUAUGUCAAUUGUCGAAAACACAUAAAAAGACACAAGCACGAACUGGUGCAACGGCAAUUAGAGGAACAAAAGACGCAAGAGCAGAAGGAACAACAGCCUUUGAGAGAAAACAAAGAAGCUGGCUCAGCUCAAGCCUUAUCGGCAAGCAUCACUCUCACCGAAGAUAUGGAAGUGUCGUUCCAACCGCAAAUGGCGCCAGAUUUCACGCAAGCUUUUUCUGAUCACUUUCAAAAUAUCAACGCAGGGAAAGAUAAGUCUUUCUUAUUGACAAACAGCGCGACAACGUCAGCAGCAAACCAAAAUUUAUCUGUCGACACAACUAAUUUAGAAACUUCACAAACUUUACAUGCCGAUGAAACUGGCACCAUCACGUUGUCUCAUUACUCAGGGGAUCAAACCUUCACAGCGGAAAGCAUACAAGAAAUCGAAGAGACAUUGAAUCAACAACUGUUUAAUAUUGGCAUGAAUCUCGGACUGGCAAACAAUCUACCGAAGCAAAUGGAGACGAAUACGAAUUCUCUUGACAAUUCCAGGGAACAGCCGGUGCUCAAUAUAAUUUAUGAGCAUAACAAAAAUCUGGAUUCGUCUGGCAAUACUAUAUUCACGUCGCAAUUCGAUUCAUUUGAUAUGAGCCAGAUUACGUUACAGACGGACAGUGAGAUGGACAUCAAUUUGAAUCCGACCAACACAACGAGCAUAUCUGGUAUUUUGCCCAGAUCCGUGGAAGGAGAUGACAGACAAGAAGAACAACGUGCUAUUCCGGUUACUACAGUCGAUAGUAUAGACGCUUCUGCAAUUACGAAGAAUGCUCAUCUAAUGGUAAUAAAUUCUAAGGAUAAUUGUUCGGAAUUGGUGAGCCUUUCGCAAGUAUGUCCAUCGAAGUACUCGAAGAUCAUCGCGAAAGCGGACACUACAAACGGAUUAAUCGAGAUGCAAGACGCGACUGAACAUGAAAAAGCGCCACAGAAAAGUAAUGUUAUAUCAUGCGAGAGCGAGAGAAAUUCUUUAUUCAUGAACAACUUUCAAAGUACGAUACAGCCGGAUACGCUCGUUUCUUCAGGAACAAAUAAUUCUGCCAAAAUAUCGGAGUACAAUAAUUUAUUAGAGUGUCAUAUAUGCCAUCGUAAUGGUUUCACGGCAGAGGGAUUGAAGGAACAUUUGGAAUCUCAUUGCGGUGCCAAAAUGUAUGAAUGUCCGACGUGUUCCCAGCGAUUCCAUACGAAUGGUGGUCUCAACAGGCACACGAAGAGGCUGCACACAGAGCUAUUGAAAUGUACGACAUGUAAGAAGGUGCUGGACAGUAAAUCACAAUUGAAACAUCACAGCAAAAUGCAUAGCGGGAUUUUAAAAGUUGUGCGCCUGGGACCGAACGAAAAGGAUGCGAUCUCCUCUAGUUCUUGUCUUCCGUCUAUAACGAUGCUAGACGUCCGAAUGAACACGGACUCGUCGGUAUCUGAGAAAGUAUUAAUGGACGCAGUUGCCGAGAGGAAAAGCAUGGACCGCGUAGACGAAAACGCGGAGAGAAAAGAGACGAAAGAAUAUACGAACAAAUGCAAGUACUGUCCAAAAACCUUCCGGAAACCGAGCGAUCUCAUUAGGCACAUUCGCACGCAUACGGGCGAGCGGCCAUACAAGUGCGAUCACUGCAACAAGAGCUUCGCGGUUAAGUGCACUCUAGACUCACAUAUGAAGGUUCACACGGGCAAGAAAACGUUUUGCUGCCACGUCUGCAACAGCAUGUUCGCUACGAAAGGCAGUUUGAAGGUCCACAUGCGACUGCACACGGGUUCUAAGCCGUUCAAGUGUCCUAUGUGCGACCUGCGAUUUCGCACUUCGGGUCAUAAGAAGGUGCACAUGCAGAAACAUGCGAGAGAACAUAAGGGCGGCGCGAAGCGCAAACCUAAACACCAAAAGAUCGCGGCAGUAGCGGAAGUGGCGGCUAGCCUCGAAAAGAUUGGUAACAGGUCUUUGGACCACACAUCGAGGACGACGACGACGGCGGCCGUGAUCAAUGGCGGCGAAGUUGCGCCAUCGCAGAAUCUUGAUUAUUCCCCGUUGGAACACAAUGAAAUGAAUCUUAGUGGCGCGGUUCACUUGCCGAAUCAAAUCGCGUUUAAUCAUACCGAUGCGACAACAACGACGAUUCUCAACAACAAUUCCAUGCUGUCUUUAAACGACAGUAACGAGUUGGUGGCGAAUCUGCAAUUUCUGCUGGCGAACGGUCUCGUCACUAUCCAAACAGACGAUACGAUGCUGACGACGCAGCCAGCAUUAAACAGCGCCGCUGAAAUGCCGACCAACGUGAUCGAAUUAGUUGGUACGAAUCCUUUCCAGGAAGCUUGCAAUCUGGGUAACGCCAAUCAUCAGAUAGUGAUAACCAGCCAAGUAUCAAGUGAGACGACGACCACGAAUGCGACCGACGCGGCGAUUAUUCAAAUGAACGAUUGCUUGCCACCCGUUUCCAUAGUACAGAUGCAGAAUCAAGAUACGAACGUUGGUGGUGACGAAUCCAAAGUAAAGACAAGCAUUCAGUCAACAACGACAAUAUGUGACAGUCAAGCCGUGGCGACGGAGACAGCUAAAACCUCGACGCAGUCAUCGCGGAAGGAGUGCGACAUAUGUGGCAAGACCUUUACAAAGCCAUACCAGAUGGAGCGGCACAAGCGCAUUCAUACAGGCGAACGGCCAUACAAGUGCGAGCAAUGCGACAAGUCAUUCGCGCAAAAGUUUACACUGCAACUGCACCAGAAGCAUCAUACCGGCGAUCGGCCGUAUCCCUGUCCGCACUGCAAGCACUCGUUCACACAGAAAUGCAAUUUGCAAACUCAUCUGAAGCGCGUCCAUCAGCUGGUCAUGCUUGACGUCAAAAAACUAAAAAGCGGUCAACAGAUGCUGGGCGCGCUUCUGCAGGAAAAUCAAGGAGCGGACACCAAAUUGAUGAAUCUGGAUGACAUACUGGUGGUAGAUUUUCUCAAGUGAAUAUUUAAGGGAGCUCUUUUCAAAAGAUGCUCUUUUCCAGAAGAUUCAAUCCUGUGAUUCAGAGAUUUUCGAACAGAGGACACAGAUAGAUAUAUAAUAUAACGUACUGAAAAAAUGUGCCGUAAAUGUGUUAUCGAUGAUUAAAUAUUACGCUUCAAAAUAUCAAACAAACAUGAAGAAAAGUUUCGAAUUUUAGACAAAUAGUUAAAGCUGUGAUGAAUGAGAGAUAUAUUAUAUAUCGCUUAUGCUAUAACAAAAUAUCUAUAUACUCGAGAUGUAAUUUAAUAUCCCGUUUAACUAGUUUACACUAUAUUGUUAAGUUUUAUAAUAUUAAUCCACACUGGUGAGACCAUCGCAUAUGUGUUUUUUUCAUUUUAGCUUUGACGUGCACAAUCGACAUUUAUUUUCUUUUUUUAUUUAAAAUAAAAUAUAUUGUUAAAU